AUGCGCUCCCUCCUUGGUUCGCUCGACCGCCGCCGCAGCCGUGAUGGCCGCGACCGCGACUACAACACGGUUGCCCCUACUCCUAGCCGCAACCUGUACACCAAGGCUCGCCAUGGCACUCCCCCAAGCAGCGGCAGCGACAGCAUCGAGUACAUGGACAUUUCGGCUGAGAUGCCUCGGCGCGAGUCCGUGUCCUCACGCCGGUCGAUGCAGUCGAUACGUUCUGGUGGCGGUCUCGCGGCCAAGCUCGCGCGUACCUUCUCCUUUACGCGCCGCCAGGUCAUCACCACUCCGAGCGCGCGCGAGAUCAGUGCUCCCAUAACACACGAGAUCAGUGCUCCCAUUGCCGCCUCUGUCACACGUCGUGGUGUCGCCAUCUCCGAGUUUGGUUCUCCUAUUGCUGCAGGCACCAACUCGAUCGGCGGCGACUGGGCAGAGAUUGUUCGCGUUGUCACUGUUGACGACCUGCCCGAGGAAGAUGAGGGUUCUGGCGCGUUUAUUCCUCGCCGCUCGAGCCUACCCCCACGACCCCGCGUGUCUCCUCUCCACCGUCCCUCGCCGUUUGAUGCGCGCACACUGCCGUCGCGCAUGGUUCACACCGAGCACCGCCGCGCAAUGCUCAUACCCACUCUGUCUUCCUUCUCCCCAGCCUCCCCUCGCUCGCACUAUGCCGACUCGUCUCCCUCAUCCAAAAGGUCCCCUCAGGCCCCCUCCUGCCACUACCCUCUUCCAGUCUCGGACGUGUUCAUGUCGUCGCCACUGCGCAACCGCAUCAGCUUUUCGACCGCCUCUAGCCCGUUGGCUGUAGGCUCACACACAAGCCGCAGUAGCGGCGAGACUUCAUUUGGAUCUACCCAUGCCUGCGUGCCGGUCUCGCCGGCAUCCACGGCGUACAUGUCACAUCCCUUCCGCACGGCUUCACCCGCCUCGGCCGCCCGCCACUCGCCCGCACACGGCAGGUCGUACUCGAUGGGCCCGACAACCUCGCACCUCCGUGCACGCUCCACCCGGCCAACCGCCGAGUUUCGCAUUCGUCGCAAGCCUGUGCCAGCUAUCAUGGAGGACGAGGUUAGCACCAGCAGCUUACGCGCUUCCAAGCUUCGGCCCAUCACCUCGACCCCCCAACACAAGCGUGGCGGCCUGGAGACAAGCCAGACGCACCCGUCCCUCUCGCGCGAGCUCGACUCUCUGUUUGACGAGCUGCUCGACCAGUGUCGCACAAGCACGCCCACAAAGCACCGACGCGCCAGGUCCCUGUCCACGGUGGUGGACAUGUCGUCGGAGAGCCUGUCAAGUCCUCGCCAUGCUGCCGUGCGCAUGCGGUCGCGCGGUGCACUGCAGCCCUCGCGUUCGCAGCCGAACAGCGAGGCCGAGGCCGAAGCUGAGAGCGGCCCCGAGUCGGACAAGCGCCGCCGCCAGUCCAAAGUUCCUUCCUCGCCAUCGCGUCCUCGGCACCACCCGGCAGCCGACCUCGCCCCAUUCUUCCCCUCGGGCCGGAGCUUUGAGCCCCUCCGCGCGCCCAAGUCCAGGCCCAAGUCCACACCCCCACCCAUGCGUGGGCUGCACCCCAUCACUCCAAAGACCCCCGAGGGACGUGUCAAGACUGUCGUGCAGGAGAUUGAGCGCAGGAACUCGUCCCCACCCAGCUGCACGACUACACCUAUUAGGAACCUCGGCGACAUUCUUGACCAGAACUCGGGCGUCAACUCGAACGAGCUCACCCUCGAGUCCAAGCGCAUGAUGGAAGAAGCCCGCCUGCGCCGCCGCGCCCACCUGGCCAACUAA